CUUCAAGCUGUAAAGUCCAUUUGACAGAGUUUCACUGUGUAUCAGUAUGCGAUCUUCUGGGGAGCGACCAACGGGGCAGUGAUUGUUCUAAGCGGUUUCGAUUGCAGAGAAAGAGGAGAAGAGGGCGAUUGGAGAAUGGCGAGCACGGUGGAUGCCGGAGGAAUUCCGAUCCCUACAUCGUCGGUGCUGAUGGCGGCGUCGAAACACAUCGAAACUCGGUGCCGGAGCGAGAAUGUGGCGUUCCUCAAGUGUAAGAAAGACGAUCCUAACCCCGAGAAAUGCCUCGACAAAGGCCACCAAGUUACACGUUGUGUUCUCGGCCUGCUCAAAGAUCUUCAUCAAAGGUGCACCAAAGAAAUGGAUGCUUAUGCAGGGUGCAUGCACUACCACACAAAUGAAUUUGAGUUUUGCCGCAAAGAGCAAAAGGAAUUUGAAAAGACAUGUUCUUUCUGAUUUCAUGGCAAAUAAUCUUCCUAAUCAUAUGAUCACAAUAAUCUCGACAAGUUUGUAACAAGUCGAUGCAUCUUGAUUAAACACAUUUCAAGUGAUUUUAUAUCUUUGUAUUGCAUAUGUAAGACAUUGAUCCUGGUAAAAUUCCUUCCAUUGAACCUGCCUUUGCAGCAUAAAAAUGUUCACUUGUUUUGAGUAUAAUAUGACCAGAUAUUUUCAUCAUGC